GCAAACAACUCGUAGCGUUCGGAACAGAUUGCAUACAAGUUUCCCAGUUUAGGGAUUGUCAUAUGAAUUCAUAUAAUCAGUGCUGGAACAAGUUGUGAAUUUUUACACAUAUUAAAGAACACUGAACACAAGUCAGAAUCAACGUGACAUUGUUUGUAGUCCUACGUAUUUAAUAUGGAGGGCAAUAACACAACCAACGGGUCAUCUUUGACCUUGGAUCCGGAGGAGGAGUACUACAUCCCUGAUAUAUACUACAAUAUGUUUGCCGUGAUAUUGUUUUUUACUUGGAUCUUGGGGUCAUUCUUUAAUGGCAGCGCCUUGCUUGUAUUCUUCAAGAAUAAAAAUCUGCGUACCGCGACAAACAUGUUCGUGAUGGCGCUUGCGGUGGACGAUUUGGCGAUGUCCUCGAUCUGUCUUUUCGCUGCCUCUGCGUCCUACAAUAAGCGUUGGAUACACGGUGACCUAAUUUGUACAAUUGAAGGGUUCUUAGUGUAUGUUUUAGGGUUAACAGACUUGUAUCUACUUUGCGCCAUAUCUUUAGACAGGUACAUAGUCAUCGCCAAACCACUUCAGGCCAACAAGAUCAAUCAUGGAGUCGCCGCUCUGUCUAUCACCGCCUGUUGGAUGGGGGGACUUUUCUGGUCUGCCACGCCGUUCUUUGGUUGGAACUAUUACAGACUUGAGGACUCAGGGGUUUCUUGUGGUGUGUCAUUUGAGCCGAACGAUCCAUCGAUACAGAGCUAUAUUUUAAGUAUUUUCAUCUUCUGCUUCGUUGGUCCUUUCGUCUUGAUCAUGUUCAGUUACUACGGUGUCUACAUGACG